UUUCUGCAUUUUAAUCCCGAGUACUCUUCGUUCCACGCAAUUCUCUCUCUUCCCCUGCGCUUUAAUGGCGUCAACUCUAUUCUCGCCUACUUUAUCCCCUUCUCUCUCCUGCAAAAUUUUCACCCAUCAAAAAUCAAAUUCCUUGAAUUUUAGACCAAAACAAUGUAUUUCCCUUUCAAUUAACACCAAUUCUCUUUCUUUAUUGGCUCAACCUCCCCCUUACAAUUCUCAUAGUUUUCUACUUCCCAAGUUUACUGUUAAUGGAAGAUCAAAGUUGGGUUCUUCAACAAGAUUACUUUCAGUUGCUUGCUCUUAUAAUAAAUCCAGCAAUAAUCCUCAACCAAAGGGAGGUGGACCGGAUUGGCCGAUUCUGAAGCGUUGGGAUGUGCCUUGGCCGUGGCAGACGAUUUCGCUCACAUCGCUUGCUUGUGGGAUAAGUUUUGUGCUGACAGGAUUGAUAGUGACUCAAGCAUUGCCAUAUCUUGGAUUUAAUUUUGGAGAUUUGACAUUAGAUGAAAAGGCAGAAAUACUGUUUCUGGAUCAAAGCAUAACUACUGCAGUUGUGUUAGGAGUCCUUUUCAGUCUCACCAAAUCCUUUGAGCCACUACCUGAUGACUUCUAUCGCUAUGAUCUCAGGGAACCAUUCAACUUACAAAAAGGAUGGCUGUUAUGGGCUGGGAUUGGUCUUGCUGGUGCUCUUGGAGCCAUUGCAUUAACAGGAGUAGCCUUAUCCUUCUUUAGCGGUGAGAACCCACAAAGAGAGACUGAUGCUUUAGUUCGCUUGCUGCCACUGAUUGGAUCAUCAGAUAUCAGCACAAUCUCCUUGUUGGCAGUCACUGGUGUUCUUGCUCCAAUACUUGAAGAAACUGUAUUUAGAGGGUUUUUUAUGGUAUCCAUGACGAAAUGGGUUCCGACUCCGGUAGCUGUGGCAAUCAGUGCUGCUGUAUUUGCACUUGCUCAUCUAACUCCUGGACAGUUCCCACAAUUGUUUGUUCUUGGCACUGCUUUGGGGUUUUCAUAUGCUCAAACUCGCAAUUUGAUGACUUCCAUCACUAUUCAUGCCUUUUGGAAUUCUGGUGUUAUCCUGUUCCUUACUUUUCUACAGCUCCAGGGCUAUGAUAUCAAAGAACUGUUGCAGGCAUCUCAGUAAGGAAGGAGAUACGCAAUACCGCCACUUUAAGGCUGAUCCAACCUCAUUGGUUUCGUAGUUUUUCUUAAAUCUUUCGUUGUUUCGGUUGGUUAGCUAUAGUAGUCUGGCGAAUGGAAUUUUCUGCAUUCUACUUGUUUAUAUUCUUGCCAGAUUUGGCUAUGUAGUUAUUAGAGCUUCAAAUGGAUAUUCACUUUCUGCGAAAGGGCUGUGUACUUAAAAUUUUCGAAUUCUGGACUUCACCAAUUGAAGUAUACUUGUUAAGCUCCUAUGAAAAAAGGGGAUAUUUUAUGAAUUUUGUAGCCUUCAAGCUGAAACAAAGAAAUAGGGAUUUCUGCAA